UUUCUCCCUAGUCCUCAUCCCCCCGUCUCGCUUCCUUCCGCCCCCUUCUUUCCCUCCCUCCCUCCAUCCUCUCCUCCCCGACGCGCUACCCGGCUGCCCCUCCCUCCUAUGGUCUCCAUGGCCGCCGCAGCAGACGACGACCACGACCGCCGCCGCAUCGCCAACCUCUCGCCGUCUCCCUCGGACGCCCCGGCUCCCGCGCAGCCGCACCGCAGGCGGCUCCACAGCUUCUCCUUCCCCACGCUCAGCUGGGGCACCCACCGCCUCCUCCGGUGCUCCAAGGACCCCGCCUCGGCGCCUCCGCCUCCGCCUCCGCACACCCCGUCCCCGGACAAGGAGAUGGCCCGCCGCUCCACGGAUGGCGGUGCCGGAGGCGGUUCGCCCCAGCGCCCCCCUCAGCGGCCCUGGAACCUCCGCACCCGCCGCUCGGCCACUGCCGCGCCCGGUGCGGUCGGGCCGGAGGCCGCGGCCGAUGCUGCGGCGGAGCAUGCGCCAGCGCGGCCUGCGCAGAAGCGGGGGUUUUCCAUCGUGCUGUCCAAGGAGGAGAUCGCCCAGGACUUUGCCUUCUUCCGCGGCACGCGACCCCCGCGCCGGCCCAAGAAGCGCUCUCGCCCGAUGCAGCGCCAGCUCGACUCGCUGUGCCCUGGAUUGUCCCUAGUGGAUUUGACGCCGGACUCGUACAAGAUCGAGGAGAGGUGAAUGCUGAUAUGGCGGAGAUUCAAAUGGGAAGGGAUUCAGAUGUGGUCAUCUCUUUUGUUCUCCGAUGUUCUGAUCGCGUUUCUUUCUUAUGUGAAUGGCUAAACAUCUCUGCUUCAUAACUCAGAACUGUGUUAUGGUGGAACAUUUUAGAUGAAGUUCAGUGUAGUAUCUCUUUAGAUGAUGUGUUGCCAUGGAGUUGGUGAGUAGUUUAAAGUUAAGGAAUUUGGUUAUUGGGCUUGUAGGAUUUCUAAUUGUACCAAGGUUAUGAUCCUUAGUGGGGUGUAAUUGUCCUGUUAUGUACAUGGGUAAUGAUCUAUGAAGGUCUCUUUAUAUGAAAAUGCAGGAAACAGUUCAAUUUUGCUU